AUGUUUCCUGUUGCAGGCCCAGUCAUGGACAUUCCAAGUCCUGAUUACCCUCCCUCACUUCCAGAGCUAUGUCUGGAAACUCUUCUCCCACGUGCCUCUAGUCUGACCAACAUGGUGGGCACAGGUGGUUUGGUUUACGCAGUCGAUGGACAACGGACACGGCAACACAAUUUACCCAAACGGUACUCCGAGGGUGACACGAUGAAGGGCGAGUAUCGCGUCCUGCUGCCCGACGGCCGCACGCAGAUUGUCACUUACUCAUCAGACCCGGAGAGAGGCUACAUGGCUCGGGUCUCGUACGAGGGGACGGCUAGGCCCUACACGCCCCCACAGGCGGAGAAGUAUGCCUCCAUCCGCAACAAGCCUUGA